GCGCCCGGUGCCGGAACAACGACGCAUCCCAAAGAGAAGAGCGCAGGCCUCGAAGAUCCUCCUCCGCUGAUGCCCACUCGCCAUGUGCUCUCCGCCCCGGAUGCGAGCAGGGCGCCUGCAGAAGCUUCCUCGGAGGCCAAAGAUGCAGCUGGGAAGCGUGAUGGAGGAGAUCCUGAGGCAGACAAGAGCAGGCAGCAGCCUUCUCCAAAGGCUGCGGACGAAGAAGAGAAAGCCUUGGCAAAUAGCAUCCCGAAUGGAUCCAGGUUGCUGACGGCAGAGGCUCCGCACACGGCGAAGGCUGUGGCUUCCAAGCCAGAAGGGUCUUCGGCCACAAGCGAGCCGAAGCCAGACGCAGAGCCGCCGCCGUCAGAGGAGUCCUGCGAUGAGGAGAACGAGGAAGAGGCAGAGGAGGAAGAUGCUGCCGGCGAAGGCUCCGAAUCACAGUCUUCGGGUGGCGAAAACUCUGGUGGAAGCCAGGCUCCGACGUCUCCGGCGCAGGCGCCAGGUGACAACCCUCCACAAGCGAAGGCUGCAGCUGACGCGCGCCAGACAGGCAGUGCUUCGGAGUCGGAUUCGGGCUCUGGUUCAGAAAGCGCCGGGCCCCCGGAACCGGCAUCGAAACAGAAGCCAGUGAGGCUUGAGGCGGCGCCGAGGAAAAAGCCAAUUCUGCAGCCAGCGAAGCCGGAAAAUUGGCGCCAGCAGCCUGCGCCACCGCAGCCUCCGCCUCCGCCUCGAUCUCGAGAAAGACAAACCGUCCCAGAGAUCAAGGUUCCUGCGGCCACCUUGUCCGCUCGAGCAUCGCAGCUGCCUUUGUGGCGUUAUCUCGCCCCGGAUGGGCAGGAGCGGCUCGCGAUUCGUUCGGGGCCGGGCCUGGAUGCACCGACUACCGGCCUCUCCUUAGGAUCCGGGGAGGUGUUUCCUGUAAGCCUGGAAAAGCCUGGCGACGGCGGUGUACUCUUCCUGAGGAUCGCAGACGGUCGAGGGUGGGUCUUUGACCGUAAGUGCGGCCGGGCGCGGAAACGACGAGCCCGACCUCUUUGCGUUCCCUACCAGGUCCCACUUCUUGAAGACGACGGCGACCGCAGCACCCAGGCCAUGGCCCCUCGGGCAAUGGGCCCGGAUGGUCCACUCCCACUCGAUCGCCUCAGCAGCCUAGCAAAGCCUUUCCGGGCCGGCUUCAAGGCACGUAAGAGGAGAUGUACUCAUCCCGCGGGCGUGACGGUGGAUCCGUACAUGACUGUCGGAACCCAGAUCGAGUCCGGGGAGGUCAUUGAGGUGGGUUCCGACGACGAUGGUGGCCCACGGAAGGAGGGCUCCAAGCUGGGCCAAAAGAGACAGAUCAAGGAGCAGCUGAGACAGCAGCUGGAAAGAAAGCAGAGCGAAGUUCAGGCUCUGCGGAACAAGCUGAAUCAGCUUGACUCGGGGCAGGCGUCUUCGCAGUUGCCCGUCAGGAGAGUCGUGAUGAGAUCGUCGGAUGACAGCCGAACCGUCGGCACGGCAGAAGCCCCGCAGGACGCCCGUCAGCAUGACCCGCUACUGGACGAAAAGCGUCAGCAGUUGCAGGCCAUGCUCGCAAAGAAGAGGGCAAUGGGGUUUGCGCAAAGUCCGCCUGCGAAGAAGCCGACGCCGAGAUUUGUGGACUAG